AUGAAACUCCUGAACGAGGCAAUCGACGCGCAGUCCAAUCCCUCAUCUGGAAUCAAGCGAUACGGCAAAGCUGACUUUGACAAAUGGUUGUGCGAUUACGAUUGUCUAGUUGAGAUCCCUAGCUACAUGGGGAAGGAAUUUUUCCAUGCUUACGCAGAGAAUCCGGAUGUUAAAUUCAUCCUUACUGAACGAAAUCCCGAGAAAUGGGUGAAAUCGAUCAACAACUCGGCCGCUGUCGUUUACAAAAUGUCAUCGAGCUUCCCCAUGAAUAUCCUCAAAUAUUUUGACCCCACCUUGUUCCAGUUUGCGAGGUUGAACGUCCUCGUAUACAAGGCCGUUUCGGGGGGCACGGAACCGGGCGACCCAGAUAACGAGGCCGAGCUAAUCAAGUAUUACAAUGACUACAUCAAAAUGGCCAAGGAAGUUAUUCCAGCUGAUCGCCUGCACCUUAUCACCCUCGAGAACGGUGUGGACUGGAAGGACAUCUGCCCGUUCCUGGGGGUGCCAAUUCCAGACGAACCAUACCCGAUACCCAACGACCCUGCCAUUUUCAAGAAACUGACGGAUGAAUUCUUGAAACCCAAAAUUAUCGCCGCGAUCAUGAGGCUAAGUGCCGUUGUAAUUCCUGUGCUUGGAGUCAUUGCCUGGGCUUCAUUGCAGUACGGCCCGUCAUUGCUGGCUUCAACGAAGGAGAUUAUUGCUGGACUCCUGGCAAGGCUUCGCUCAUAG